GAGGAGUCCUCAAAGAUGGCCUCUGCAGAAGUCAACUCUCCACUCCAGCUGAUGAGGAGCGUCAAAGAAGAGACAGAGGAGUUCAGCUUAAAUGACUCUCCAUUCCAGAUUAACCUGAAAGGAGAGAUAGAAGAAUUCCCUGGUUCUGGGUCACAGCUGAACGUGAAAGGAGAAGAGGGAGAGGAGUCCCCUGGUCUUCCAGAACAGCUGAACGUAAAGGAAGAGAGAGAAGAGUUCCCUGCUUCUCCACAUCAACUAAGCGUAACAGAGGACGGCGAGAGAUCUGGGCAUCAGCUCCACUGCAGCUCCAGCAGAGCAGAGUUUUCUGGAGAAACACAUUCUGCUGCCCUCCGCUCUAGUGAGAGGCCGUACGCUUGCAACCAGUGUGACAAGAGUUUUUGGAAACAAGCAGACCUCCAAAUCCACCAGCGAGUUCACACGGGGCAAUUUUCAUGCUCUGACUGUGGAAAAACCUUCCUGCAUCCCUCUGCCUUUUCCACACAUUGUUGUUUUCAGGCUGGAGAGAAGCUGUACGUUUGCAGUCACUGUGACAAGAGAUUUAGGACGAAAGCAGAGCUCCAAAUCCACCACGUUGUUCACACCGGGGAGAAACCGUUUUCAUGCACCUACUGUGAAAAGAGUUUCUCAACGUGGUCUUACCUUCAGAUACAUCGUCGCAUUCACACUGGAGAGAAGCCGUACCCUUGCAGUGAGUGUGACAAGAGCUUUAAGACAAAUCAGGAGCUCCAAGUCCACCAGCGUGUUCACACAGGGGAGAAACCGUUUUCAUGCACCGACUGUGGAAAGAGUUUCGCACAGCCUUUUUAUCUUUCCAUACAUCGUCGCUGUCACACUGAUGAAAGGCCGUACGCUUGCACUCAGUGUGACAAGAGCUUUAGGGUAAAAGCGGAUCUCACAAAGCACCUUCGUGUUCACACUGGGGAGAAACCAUUUUCAUGCACUGACUGUGGAAAGAGUUUCUCUCGGCGCUCGGCCCUCCGCAUGCACCAGCAUGUUCACACAGGGUAUGCACCGUUUCCAUGCACAGACUGCGACAAAAGCUUUAAAACAAACAAAGACCUCAUAAACCACCAUCGCGUUCACACAGGGGAGAAACCAUUUUCAUGCACAGACUGUGGAAAGAGUUUCUCAAGGUCUUCUAGUCUUAAGAAACACUCAUGUCACUCAGUGUGACAAGAGGUCCUCACACUCUUCUAA